AUGAAUGCCAAUAAGAAAGCAAUAGUUCUGUUAACAUUAAUCAACAUUUUGCUGGUGAGAAGCGAAAACGAUACGAGGAAAGAUGACGUUAGUGAUGGCAUAGAACAAAAAGCCAAUGACCAAUCUUACGAUGACGACUUCCUGGAUUCGCCUGACGCCGGAGACGGUGAUGCUGCUGGACUGACGGAUUCCAUCAACUACAGAAACGAUACAGCGAACUAUGAAGACCCAGUGGAAACUUCCACAGCGUCAGAUUACGUAACGCAAGAAUCUGACGUCAUAUACGAAGACUCUGAACUGUUUAAUAGUACUUACGCUGAUGAGAAGAUGGAGACAACCUCGCUGGCUACCACCAGAGCGAUGGAGGACUACGACUACGUUUCUUCUAAAGCACCAGAAUCGGAUGGAGAUCAGGAGGUAGACGGACAGGGGAAUCCAAAAACCGAUGGCUCUGAACAGACCUUGGCUGAGGGGAGACAAUUCAAUGGCCCUCCCCAGCCGGUUCACAAAAACAAAAGUUCGACUUUGAGAAGUUGGCUCGAAGACUCGUGGCUGCGGCAGCCAGUAGCUGUCCUGGUGCCGUUGAGGCCUAUGGCGUUGAGCAGGGCGCUGGCCGUGUGGAACGACCUCAUCGCGGAGGGCCUCAACGUGUCGGACAUUGUUAUUGUUGGAUACGAUUCAAACGGAAUAAGCUGGAGAUCGAGACACAAUCUUCACAGCUCGGCCUCGACAAAGGACCGCGAAGUAUCUGAAGCACUAUCCAAGCUCAUGCUAAAAUAUCAGGGUGUACACACGGACACAGCCAGCGAUGGGACAAUGAGGGCUUUGGCGUCAGCAGCGAAAUUGGUACCUUAUGACAGCGCCCUAUUCGUCAUUACCGAUAAAGGAGCUGGCGACCCCCAGAGGUUGGCACUAGCGCUGAGGACGCUGGUCGACAAGAGACUCAAGGUCUACACAAUAUGGACCAAUCCGGACAUCCCGACAGCCGACGAGGCCAAUGAGCUCCAAGAAUUAAGGAACAUAUCACAGCAUACCGAGGGCGAUGUUUUGCCAUACUCCACCCAGGUUAUGGACCUAGACGGAGCGGAAAAUCUAGCCACGGAGGACGACUCGCCAUCUUGGAACCGAGCGAUCUUCAAUCAAGGACGACAAGGAAGAUUGAUCAGCGAACUAGAAAAGUACAGAUACGAUACCCUCCUCGUGCGGCGGGGAGGGGGUGAAGCUAUAUCGCUUGGAUUAACAGUUGAAAACGGAGUAACAGCCCUGAGGGUACUCAUAGAGGGAGCUGUGGAACAUGCCGUACUCUACCCUCCAAACGAUGCGCCGCAAAUAGACUUGUACGACACGGAUUCUGUGUCCUCAUUUUCGGCGGAAUCGAGGACCGCAAGCCUGUCGCCGAGAGACGUCUACCUGAUACUGCCGGGCGCCAAUACUGACGUAGACGCACUAUCAGUUCUACCGGCCAAUCCUGAUCCGGAAUCACAGCCGGGAAUGAUGGGGAAGUGGCACUUGAGCGUCCGCUGCGACACCUGCGACUACAGGCUCUGCGUCAUGGCCAGGGCCCAGAUCCACCUGGACGUAGGCACCGACGGUGCAGAUAUGCUGAAGCUGCGUGUGACCGGACCCGUGGCAAGCGUGAGAGAGUCGCUGAUUGUCGACGAAUACGGAACUGAACUGGCCAAUUUACCUUUCAGCUACCAGCCAAUGGUCGGAGACGAACCCGUAGACCAGAGGGAUCUAUCGACGGAGCUGAUGGCCGACGUUGUUAUGCCAAGCAUUAAGGGGAACAAGAAUUACGUGAAAAUAAUCGGCAGGGAUGUUGGUGGCGAACCAUUCGUCCGUCUGGCCGGUCCGUUGCGACGGCCGGAAGCCCGGACCGGACGAUCGGCGGCCGUCGUCUUUCCCGAUGCAGUCAACGACCUCGAGAGGGUCGAAAACGAAAAUCUCCAACAUCACGAGACUCUUCGCUCCAUAAGCAACAUUACUACGAGCAGAAUUGUGUCACAGGUGAUGAAUCAGAGAGGUGCCCUCCUGACUGCGGUACAGAUUGGACUGAGAACAACCCUUUAUGGAGCACCGGGAGAUAACCUACAGUUACAUUUCGAAGUCACCAACUACAGAGAGCAAUCUGUGAGGUUUACAUUUGGAGCGGUCGGUGAACUUAGGCUUCUAACGGGAAUCAGUCCGGCUGCGCAACUCUUGACGUCCGGCCAGACGGCAAAUGUGAUCGUUAGCGCGACGAUACCGACAAACGCUCAACCGGGAACCAGAGAUCUUAUCACCUUUACAGCAUACGGUACUGAACCAGUGUCGAUAUCGGCACACGUUUACGUCAUCAACACCGGAGAAACGGUUAACGAUGUUUUGGCACCGGAAGUCAGUCACGUGUUCCAAGGAUCGUGCAUAGGAAGGACUGGUCAGGACUGCGCCCAGUAUGUUUGGAGCGCUACCAUCAUCGCCAGAGACUCUGAAUCAGGGCUCCUUCGCCUCUCCUCGUCGCCUAUCGGGUUGACGUACGAGAACUUCAUCUCCGGGACGAGGGACCAAGUGACCGCGACGUACAGAGCCACGUGUUGCGCUCCCAGGAUGCUGGUCAACGCCGUUGACGCCUCCGGGAAUACGAAUAGCUACGUCGUCGAUAUCUCGGGUUAUUUAAGCGAAACAGCCAUCGCAGCAAUAGUCCUGGGAAUAAUUUUGGGCAUACUUCUGAUAGCAUUAAUCGCAUACCUUAUAUAUUUGUGUGUGAAAAGACGGAAGGAAUCCAGGGAGCUGCCUUACAGCACGUCAUCGAGAAAUAUUAGUUAAGAAUUUUUUUAGAAUAACGCCAUCUAGCGCUCCCUGAUCGAAUCAUUAAAGCGAAACAUUUACAAGUGGCCUAUUUGAUAAGGUUCUUAAUUGAAAUCGAAAUAAUUUAUUAAAAUAUAAUUGUAUGUAAUUAAGAAAUUUAUAUUCGUAGAAAUAAUUAAUAAUCGAAAAAGUCUUUUUAAAUUAUUUAGAAGGUAUUUUAAUGUAAUUUCUAGGAUAAGAAAAUUCAGUUACCACUUUAAUUUUUUAAUUUUGAUUUAUUUUUUUCUAACAUUGAUGUGAUUUGAUAAGUGUAACAUCUAUCGGGUGCAAGGCACGAUUUAUUUAAUUUUUAAAUUUAAGAUUUUUUAUUUUUGUUUUUAACAGUAAAUUUAAGAUGUACUUUGAACAAAUGCUUCGUUUAUGGACGAUUUAAAUCUAUGGAUUAUAAAUAUGCAAUGACAAUAAUAUUAGCGGUAUACUGGCGCCGAAUAUUCUUCGUCGCUUUGAAUCUACGUUUUAAACUAGACGUAUGGUGGGUAGUAGUAAGGAGCGCCAUCUUGUAUCCCCUAUACAACCUAUACAAGUUGAUAAAGUUUCAACCUGUAAACAGCGAGUUAUUGUUCGAAGACUCAUUGAAACAGCGCUAGUGGAGCAAGUGGAAGCGAUAUGAAUAUAGCAGUUUUAAACAGAGCGACGUGUGCUGGGUUGAAGUUAAGUAUGGUAGUCUAUGGCGCUGUUUUAAAAAUCUCUCUCUCCACUUGCUACGGUGGCGCCACCUUAAUUUGCUCUCUUUCAGCGGACACUUUUAAUAAUACACUGAAAUGGUUCUCUUUGCUUCUACCCUUCAUUAAAAAAAAAUGGCCGAAAUUGACAGAAUUCAUCCUCUUUUAAAAUUAUCGUCAGAGUUUGGGCACGAGAGUUCAAAAUACACUGCCGUACCUAAUAAUGGCAAAACUCUUUUUUUGUUCGCUAAAUUAAAUACUUUUCUGAUCAAAUGCAAAUAUGACAACAAUAAAUAAAAUUCUAAUGCCUUGGUAAUCGUAACACUCUUAGAGAAUGACCAGACCGAUUUAUCUAUAUUGCUUUUACAAUUCGUAAUAAUCCAAAUGAAUUUCGCGUGUAAAAAAAGGAUUGGAAACGACAUCGCUGGUUGUUCAUUAAUAUGUCAACUGUCAAAUUUGAACGAUUGCUCGUUCAUUGCUGUUCGAUGACAUUUUAGAGUUACGUAGCUGUCAUAAUAUACCAAUGUCCGCAUUACAUUAUACUUGAAAAUGAAACAUUGGAAAGACUAAAAUUAUGUUUGUUAACUUUUGGCUGAUCUCAGCCAUUUUGGAUUACGUACACAAAUCGAGCAUCGAAUGCGCAUCCAUUGACUUGUAUCGCCCGAUGUUUUUUUUUGUUUUUCUUAAGCAAAGAUGUUUAAGACAUAAAACGGUAAACGUGAUUCGUGACACUAUUUCUACAGACAUGUACUUGAUGUAAUCAAAAGAAAGAACAGGAAACCAAUAAAAAAAAUUUUUUUCUUCUUAAUAAUUGAGCUCAGUGAUUCAGUCGACCCUAUUCUCCGUGAAAUAGUUAAAGAUUUAUCUCUUAAAACAUUAAAAUUUAUUAUUUUUUGAUGACUGAAUGAAAAUUAAUAUUGAGAACUUUUUUUCCUUAACACACCCAAUCACAAUAUACAAUAUUAUGUUGUCUGUGCAAUGUUUGCGCGCCAAUUUUGAACAAUGAGAAUCGAACGAAUUUCUUCCUAUUAAGCUCUAGAACAGAUUAUUUUCUCUUAGUUGGCUUAAAGGUAUCCUUAUCAAGCCAUAGAAUCUUUAAAAAAAACUGUGCCGUGAUAAAAUUAUUUUAAAAACACACUUAAUUUCAAUUAAUUUAAGCUGUUGAUUACUAAUACGGGUAAUAUUUUAAAAUGUAUACUAAAAUUUGCUUAAUUGUGACGGAAAAGAAAAAAAAAGCAGGGUUUUUUUUUUUGGAUCGCAAAACUUAACUGAUAUAAGAUUGGUUUUAAAACUAAACAACUCACUUCCAUGAUAAAUAUGAAUUAGAAAAUUAUAAUCCUUACUUUUAGCCUAGUUAUCCUAAUCCCAAUCCUAAACAGGUCCAAGCCAUUUAAAAGCGUGUCAAAACUAAAUAAUUGUAAUGAUACCCGAACACCAACGGAUCGGCAAAUUAUGAUGAAAAUAAAAUCGCAUUUAAUUUGUAAUUUUAAUUCAAUUUUCACAUCUUAUUUAUUAGAAAGCUAUUCAAUGCGAUUAAGCACAUACAUAAAGCUCACGGACACAAGAUGUAUUUUUUUGAUCAAUUUAAUUUUUUUAUUAAGAUACUAAUUUGUCAAAAGUUGCUUAACCAUAUUAGUACUGAUGUUAUGUUCUCGGAUAUGGAGUUGCUAUUAAGUCCUAAGAAAAAAACCUUGUUUAAACUUUUUUUAGAAAACUGUUUCUCGUUACAAAUAAAAAUAUUAUUCGAA